CAAUGCUUUUUAUGCGCGGUUUUACAGUUUCGUGCGCUUUCUUGCAGAAUAUCCUGCUCUUUUUGACCUGUGGGCGCUUUUACACACAGUAAAUAACCUCAAUUAUUCUUUCUUUUGAACAAAUCACAGUUUUUACAACUCUCCGCGUAAUUGCACAUUUUGAGACGUUUUGAGCUGUGGUUGCUCGGUUAUGUUAGCUGUGGGGCAAAUGGACGGACCUCGUCAGGGAGCCUUCCUCCUCAACACCUCGCCUUUAUCCGCUCUGCACAGCAUGACCGAAAUGAAGACGCCUCUGUACCCGGCUUACCCGUUACCGUCUACCGGCCCGGCGUCGUCUACCUCCCCGACCUCGACCUCUCCCAACCCGGGCGGGGUCCCGGUGUCUUCCCCGGGGAUCAAAACGUCAACGGCUGGACUCUCGACUCUCGCAUCCCAGCAGUGCUUGGCCUCGGCCACCCCACAUGGGAUAAACGACAUCCUCAGUCGGCCGUCGGUGGUCGCCUCUGGAGCAACUUCCGCUCCAGCCGGUCUGCUGUCUGGUCUGCCCCGCUUCAGCAGCCUGAGUCCACCUCCUCCUCCGGGGCUUUACUUCAGCCCGAGCGCAGCUGCCGUAGCCGUGGCCCGCUACCCCAAACCUCUGGCCGAGCUUCCCGGCAGGACCCCUAUAUUCUGGCCGGGAGUGGUGCAAAGCCCGCACUGGAGAGAUGCCAGAUUUGCGUGUUCGCCUCAUCAGAACUCGGUGCUGUUGGAUAAGGACGGGAAGAGGAAACACACAAGACCCACGUUUUCCGGUCAGCAAAUUUUCGCUCUGGAAAAGACUUUUGAACAGACCAAGUAUUUAGCAGGACCGGAGAGAGCGCGUCUGGCCUACUCCCUGGGCAUGACAGAGAGCCAAGUGAAGGUGUGGUUUCAAAACCGGAGAACGAAGUGGCGGAAGCGGCACGCAGCUGAGAUGGCUUCGGCCAAGAAGAAACAAGACUCGGAGACCGAGCGGCUGAAAGGCGCGUCGGAAAACGAAGACGACGACGACGAUUACAACAAGCCUUUAGAUCCAAACUCGGACGACGAGAAAAUCACGCAGCUGCUGAAGAAACACAAACCGAACCCCGGGCUCAUAAUGCACGGAGGGGACACCGACAGCUCGUAAAUCUCCCCGCAGGAGGAGCUGUGUUGACUCUCCAGUGCAGAAUCAGAAAAAUGACUGCGUGUUUUCAUUCAGUUGUGAAAUGUCUGUGAGUGGAUGCAAAAAAAAUCUCAUGCACUGCCCGAGGAACUGAGCGCAUCACACACUGCAAGCGGACCUUUAUGUAAAACAGCAGCGUGAGUUGUAUUGAAUAGAAAUUAUAUUACUGUGAAUAUUUAUGUGUAAAAUAUCUUUUUGUAUAGUAAACGCAAUAGGCUCUUUUUUCUAAUCUCGAUUAUGUUCUGUUUGCAUCCUCACACCGGAAUAAGCGCAUCUCAUUUUCAUUUUAACACUUGUUUUUCUUUCUUUUUCUUUCUUUCGUUCUUCCCAAAUAGCAUUUCUAUUUAAAAACCAAUGUAGGCUUUAUUUCUGCCGUCAGGGACAAGAACACCUGACGUUCAGUUUUGCAAUUUAAGUUUGCUUAAGUUUUAAGUGUAAAUAAUCAACACGGUUUAACAGUGAAACUAUAUUUGUAAAAUAUCCCCUAGUGUUCGUCUCACAAUAAUAGGAUGUUCCCUUUUCCCUUUUCACACUUAAUUUAUAAAAUUUUACGUUUGUAACGGUGUUGGAUGCGGGAAAUGCG